AUGCGGAAACUUAUACAUGAUGCGGAUAUAAAUGACACGAAUAAUCGCGUUACCCAAAAGGCGCGCAGUAGCCUAUCGGAUCCAGCCCUUGCUUACCAAAGCAUUGGACCGGGUUCGAGUCCGGCGUACACCAAUGAAUAUUUUCAAUAUUUAAGUGUAUUAUACUGCUCAGCCCAAGAAAUAAAACGAGUUCCAAUCUCAAAAGUUUGCCCCCUACCGUAG